UUUGCCCCCAGAUCCCGCAAACCGCGAAAACUAACCGCCUAUCCGUGGGCUCUGAUCGUUCUCAUCGCCCACCUCCUCUCGACCUCUCCCCUCCCCUCUCGCCAAGCCAGCCUCCGUCUAGAGUGCUCCGCCAUGGCUUCUUCCAAGAGGAGAGGUGGUGUUGGCGGGGAGAAGAAGGAUCUCUUCCAUGUCGUCCACAAGGUGCCCGCCGGUGACAGCCCGUACGUCAGAGCGAAGCACCUCCAGCUUGUGGAGAAGCAACCGGAUUUGGCAAUUGUGUGGUUCUGGAAGGCGAUCAACUCCGGUGAUAGGGUGGACAGUGCCCUGAAGGACAUGGCCGUGGUGAUGAAGCAGCAGGAUCGCUCUGAGGAGGCGAUCGAGGCCAUCAGAUCCUUCAGGCACCUCUGCUCCAAGCAAGCUCAGGAGUCCCUCGACAACCUACUCAUCGAUCUGUACAAGAAAUGUGGGAAAGUUGAGGAACAAAUUGAGCUUCUGAAACAGAAGCUGAAGAUGAUAUACCUUGGUGAGGCCUUCAAUGGGAAAGCAACGAAGAAAGCACGGUCCCAUGGCAAGAAGUUCCAGGUCUCAAUCCAGCAGGAGACAUCUCGCAUUUUGGGAAAUCUUGGUUGGGCUUACAUGCAGCAGAACAACUUCGAAGCCGCUGAGUUGGUUUACCGCAAGGCACAAACUAUUGAGCCUGAUGCUAACAGGGCGUGCAACCUUGGGCUGUGCCUGAUUAAGCAGGGUAGGCAUGAAGAGGCAAGACAAGCACUCGAGGAUGUUCGGCUACGCAGAAUCUAUGGAUCUGGAUCGGAAGAUGAAAAGGUGGUGGCCCGUGCCGAGCAGCUUCUCCACGAACUCAAUCUAAUUAAUUGUGUUUCAUCACCAUUCGAUGUUGGCCUAAGUGUCCAUGAAGAGAUCAUGGAGAGACUAGACCUUGUGAUGAAUGAGUGGACACCGUUCAGAUCAAGGCGGCUGCCUGUAUUUGAGGAGAUAGCCACUUUCAGGGACCAAAUAGCUUGUUAAUACAUUAUUCUGCAUGGUUUUUUAUCUUUAAUGUGUCAAGGCCAUCCUGGAAGAUUUUGUGCAUAUAUGGGGGGUGCUGUGGACAUGUGGUUGUUACAGUGAGAAAUAGAGAACAGAUAGAUAUCAUAUAGCUGGGGUUGAUGCAAAGCGUUCCCUUCAGGAGUAGCAUGGUUUUUAUUCGUGUUGUAAACUGCAUGGUUCAGAUUCCUUUGAAGCAUGUUGCGAAAUUGUAAGGGAUAUGCAAUUGGUGGUUUGUGAGCUGA